CGACUCCUUAUUGUCAUAUUUUUAUCCCCAUAGAACAGAGGUGUUGAACUGCUAGUGACAUACUCCCCUCAUACUAGUGACUCACGAUCAGCAUUCUUCCACUACGUCAACAAUUUGAAUUUAACCAUUUUCUUCGAUACAGAACAAACAUGAAUGGAUUCAUUUGCAACAAAUGUUUCGCUACAGCUUACAGAGGAAAAAAACCAUUUUGUUUAACGCAAUGCGGCCACAUAUAUUGUCAGGGCUGUAUUCAACAAGCAUCAAAACAAUGCCCUCAGUGCCAAAAAGUGGAUAAUUUUUCUGUGGAACUACAACAACCUUCCUUGUCCCAAGUGGAAAAUUUUUUUGUACCGCUUAAGGAAUCAUUGGAAUCAUUCUACACAAUUUAUGGUUUUCAAAAUAAUCAAAUGAAAAUUAUUGUACAACGGUUUCUUGAAAUUGAUAAAAAAUAUGAAUUACUGAAAUCUCAUUACUAUAAUCUUAGUCAGAAUAUGAAAUUAUUUAGAGAAAAGUAUAACAAGCUAAAACUGAUGAAUAUAGAACUACAGAAGAAACUCAUGUCUUAUGAAAUACAUAAUAGAACAUUAAAUUCUUCAAAUGUUUUCUCUACACCAAUAAAUUCUUUAAAUAAAAAAUCCAAAACAAGGCAUACUGCAAGUUCAUACAUUUUAUCUUGUGGAACUAAUAUGACAUCGACUUGUGUAAUGCUUGAUGGUUUUCGUAUACCAGAUUCCCAGUCUGCUAAGUUAUACCAUUCUCGUGAAAUUUCAGAUACUAAUGCUUCGUAUACAUUUAGACACUAAAUAAAACUAUAUUCCAUAAAAAAUGCUAUCAACUUUAGUAUCUAAAUUUUUGUAAACACUACAUAUUUUUUAAGAAAAGCUAUUAAAAGCUAAAGCAUACCAUUAAGUAGUUCUUUGUAAUCAAAUUUUAUAUCAACCGUUAUUUAUAAUUAAUGUAACAAACAAA